UUCUCUUCCUUGUGAGAGAAAUUUGAUUUCUCUCACCGAAAACAAGGGUAAAAUGUACCUAAAAAACUGCACCUGUAAGAUAAAAAUCAUUUAAUUGUUGUAAAUGUCACUGUAAAAACGUCAGCAAAUUUAGGAUGAACAAAGCCGCGUUCGUGAGUUUUCUCCGCCACUUGCUUUUCUUGCUAGUCAUUUUGAAAUUGGUCAAUAGCUUAGUCCUGGUCUUCCAGUCGGAAGAGUGCAAACAAAUGUUUGACCAAAAAAGUCUUAUUCCCCUCGACUCGAAAGCUCCAGUUUACAAAAUAGAUUUCGCCGUGGAUUUUAUCUACUCUUUAGCCCGCAGUAUCGGGUUCAUUUUGAUAAUUCUGAGCAUCACUGGAUUCGUGGCGGCUAUUUGUUUACACUCGCGCCCGCUGAUCAUCUUUGCAAGUGGACUGGGCUUGAUAGUUACGACCGCAAUAGAAGCCACCAUGUCGAAAGUCUUUGACUUUAUGAUCAUGUCGUUUGAUCUCGUGCUCAGGAAAGACCUGCUGGCGCUUUUUAACAGCGCCAAUGGUUUUAUUAAUUAUACCAUUGACCCGGACGAUCUGCCUGGUUACAACAAGGCAUGGUAUCGGCCUUAUAAGGAUGGUUGGCACGUUGGGGCCAUUGGGAACCACGUCGUUCACGAAUAUGUGGACUUUGUGCAAAUUACAGAAUGUUGUGGGUUCAACGGGAGGCCCUUUUGGGAAAUACCGAUUCCACGGAGUUGUUGCUCGGAUAAGUAUCCGAAUGAGACCUGCAUACUUCAGUAUGCGUACAGCAGAUCUUGCGAAAACGCAUAUGACAAUUUCAGACAGUGCACGGUGGGAUUACGGAACGAGUGUUGCAUUUUUGCGAUAAUUUCAGCCGCUGCUGGUGCGGUUUCGUUAUAUUUGUCAUACAUGAGAAAAAAGUAUCCUCAUGGUGAUUACGCCGAUUAUUCCUCGUCGGAUGAAGAGUCUGGUACUACCGACUUGUUCUAAAUUUAUAAUAAAAAUAAAACCAAUAAA